CUGGCUGAGCUCCAGCACGGGAUGGAUUGACUUGGCACGGCUCGAAUUACAGCCUCCACCGUGCCUUUAGUUUGUUUUCCUGCAGCCAGCAGAAGUUGGUUCUCCGACGCACGAGGAGCAGGUUUCUGUUGGAUUAAUCUGGAUUUUAAUGAAGGAGCUGGUUCCGAUGAGGUAACAUUUCCAGGUGUGAAACAGGAAGUGCCUGUGUGUGCGUGAGGAGCCAUGGGAGGAGGAGCUGCUGUCCUGCUCAGUGAGCUGCUGCUGCUGCUGCUGACAGCUUCACGCUCUCUGCUCGCUGUCAGCUUCCCGGAGGACAGCGUGGCCCUGGACGUGGUGGACGCACACUAGACCAGGUGUACCUCGUCAGUCUCAGAGAAUCCUACAGGAAUGAGAUCAUUCCUUACCGGAAGCUAACAUGGCGGUCGGGCCAAGCGGACAGAGAGAUGUGUGCUGUGAAGGGGAAACACAGAGACGAGUGUCACAACUUCAUUAAGGUUCUGGUUCCCAGAAACGACGACCUGGUGUUCAUCUGUGGAACCAAUGGCUUCAACCCCAUGUGCCGGUACUACCGGUUGGAUAACCUGGAGUUUGAUGGAGAAGAGAUCAACGGUCUGGCACGGUGCCCGUUCGACUCCAAGCAAACCAACGUGGCCCUUUUUGCUGAAGGGAAGCUGUAUUCUGCAACUGUUGCUGACUUUCAGGCCAGUGAUUCUGUCAUCUAUCGCAGUAUGGGUGAUGGAUCAGCCCUGAGAACCAUCAAGUACGACUCCAAGUGGCUGAAAGAACCUCAUUUCCUGCACGCAGCAGAGUAUGGGAGUUAUGUCUACUUUUUCUACCGGGAGAUUGCCGUGGAACACAGCAAUCUGGGGAAGGUGGUGUACUCUCGAGUGGCCCGGAUCUGUAAGAACGACGUGGGAGGGUCUCAGCGGGUGCUGGAGAAACACUGGACGUCCUUCGUGAAGGCCAGGCUGAACUGCUCCGUGCCGGGGGAGUCCUUCUUCUACUUCGACGUGCUCCAGUCCGUCACUGACAUCAUCGACAUCAACGGCGUCCCCUCGGUGGUGGGCGUGUUCACCACGCAGAUGAACAGCAUCCCAGGCUCGGCCGUCUGUGCCUUCUCCAUGGCCGACAUAGAAAAAGUCUUCUCAGGGCGCUUCAAGGAGCAGAAGACCCCCGACUCCGUCUGGACCCCSUUUCCAGAGGAGAAGCUGCCCAAACCCCGACCUGGGAGCUGUGCCGGUCACGGUCCAGCUGCCUCCUUUAAGAGCUCCGUGGAGUUCCCUGAUGACACCCUGCAGUUCAUCAAGUCCCACCCCCUCAUGGACACGGCGGUCCCGUCCAUCGGGGACGAGCCUUGGUUCACCAGGACCCGUGUUCGCUACAGGCUAACAGCGCUAGCUGUGGACAACCAAGCAGGACCCCACAAGAACCACACCGUGGUCUUCAUUGGGUCUGAGUCUGGGGUGGUUCUCAAGGUUCUAGCCAGGACCUCCUCUGUGUCCCUGGAUGACAGCCUGCUGCUGGAGGAGAUAGACGUCUUCAACAGAGUCAAGUGUCCGUCCAACCGUGAGGACGAUAAGCGUGUCCUGUCUCUGCACGUGGACAAAGACACUCACAGCCUUUACGUGGCCUUUUCAAGCUGUGUCAUCAGGAUCCCGCUGAGUCGCUGCGAGCGCCACUCGUCCUGCCACAAGUCCUGCAUCGCCUCCAGAGAUCCUUACUGCGGCUGGAGGCCUCAUGGAGCCUGCGAGAGGAUCCAGUCUGGUCUUCUGACUGGAUACGAGCAGGACGUCGAGUCUGGAGACACUGCUCACCUGGGAGACUGUCAAGCGUUUUUGGGCACUACUUCAGCGCCAGGUUACAAAUCAUUUGGCGACCCUACCUCUGACAUGGAGUUUCCAUCAACACCAGUCACUGUCCAGCCCAGUGAGCCCAUACACCCCCCUGUACCCUUACCCAGUCAGACCCCCAGCCCUGAGCCCGCUCCGGAGCUCUACGGCUCGGGCUUUGCUCUGCAGGAUGACCCGGCUACCUCCCACUCUUUAGACUCUAUGCCGGGGGGGCGAGAGGGGAUUUGGGAUAACCACACAGGUGACAGCGACCAGAUGGUCCACAUGAACAUCCUCAUCACCUGCGUCUUCGCUGCCUUCCUCAUGGGCGCCCUGCUAGCCGGGCUGAUCGUGUUCUGCUACCGGGACUCCGUCCUCCGCAAGCCCAAACACGUCCACAAAGACGCAGAGUCCGCCCCGUCCUGUUCGGACUCCACUGGGAGUUUCAUCAAGCUCAACGGCCUCUUUGACAGCCCCGUGAAGGAGUACGAAGCCAACAUUGAUUCUCCCAAGCUGUACACCAACCUGCUGACCAACGGGAAGGAUCUGAACACCCCCAAUGUGGACAUCAAGACCAUGAUCCUACGGGACAGCUGUCAGCCGCCCGAGCUGGCCGCUCUACCGACCCCAGAGUCCACCCCCGUCCUCCAGCAGAAAGGCCUCCAGCCCAUCAAGAACCAGUGGGACAAGGCCCACAGCAAGCUCAGCGGGUCCAGGAAGGAGUCCAACUCCUCAGCCAAGAGUCCACAGUUCCUGCCCUCGUCCCCUUCUCCCGUCAACGCCCACCACCCUCACCCCUCCCUGGGACACUCCAACAUUCCCAGUGCGGUGGUCCUGCCCAACGCCACUCACAGCCAGCCCGAGCUGGACGACGGAGACGAGACUCUGCCACGUUCCUCUGACAAGAAGAUGAAGAACGCCGACCCUAAAGUGGGUAAGAAGGAUCAGAGGAGAGCGGUGGACGCUCGGAACACGCUGAACGACCUGUUAAAGCAUCUCAACGACUCCAACCCCAAGGCCAUUCUUCAGGACGGGUCGGGACCCCGCCCCAGACCACAGCUGACACUGGAGCCCAUGGAGGAACUGACCGAGAUCCCCCCCAAAGUACCCAGCCGUGAGGCUUCGCUCUACUCUCCCUCCUCCUCUCUGCCGAGGCACAGCCCCACCAAACGGGUCGACGUGCCCUUGCCUUCCACCCCCACCACCCCAACGGGGAGCCUGAGCAUGGGGGGCACCCUGGAGAGGCAACGAGGGGCUUACCAGCUCCACCGGAGUGCCUCCCACAGGCAGUCUUUAUCCACCUCAACAAGCGGGGUAACUAUGGGGGUGUCCCGCCAACACAGUAUGAACAGAGGCGGCUACAUGCCCCCCACGCCCCCCUCCAGACUGGACUCUCACGGUGGGGCGGUGGUGRCGUCGGGGAUGCCCUCGCCUCACCAGCCCUCUGUGUCCCGACAGAGCAGCUACAGUGGCCACGGGUCGCUCCCUCGCACGGGGCUCAAACGGACUCCAUCUUUAAAGCCGGACGUACCCCCCAAGCCCAACGGGUUUCCCCCACAGACUCCACAGAUGCGAGUGGUCAACAAGUACAGCUACUGAACCAGCAUGGACUCGAAACGUCGAGCUCUGAGGGGCUCGGGGGGUGUGGGUGAAAUCAGGCCUGUUAUGUGAUUCUGUUGUGGAACAACGUGCACACUCUCUGAAACAACGUGCACACUCUCUGAAACAACGUGCACACUCUCUGAAACAACGUGCACACUCUCUGAAAGGGAAAACUACACAGUUGGCCAAAGAUACUCACUGGAGCUCCCUGGACCCCGCCUCCUUCCUGUACCCUGCAGCCACAGAUAAGAAGAGUGGACUGCGGUGAAUCGGGCCCCGGGUGGUGCCUGUUCCCAGGGAAGGUGCUGCAGGGGGGGCCGCUGAGUGUACGGGGCACCAGGGCAUACAUGGUUGAAUACUUGAACAGUGGUGAAACCUUACUGCCCUCGAGUACUGUCUUCCCUCUAAUGUGAAAUUAACAGAGCAGAGGUGGGCUCUGAUAGGAGGAAGGAAGUCAUCACUUUAAAUGAUGACAAACAGCUGAACUGAGCAGGAAACAAAUAAACAAAUCAAAAGUU